CAUUCUGUCAACUUCGCCCGCACUUUCUCUUUUUACCUGGGCUGGCCAGGGCAGUCCGAAGUUGCUCCGAACCCUGACCUGAUCCCAGUGUAAAUGCAGACCCGGUCAGGGCGUACAGAGUUGCUCUGAACCCUGAACUGGCGAAGCAAUUUAACUGCAUUUUUGUUUUUGUCCCUUUCCUUCGUGUUGGAUGUCGAAGGUACCCAAGACAGGCUAUCUCAAGCGUUAGUGCGACCACCCGUGACAACCAGCGGCAUUGACUGGAAAACGGUCUUGCGGGUGGUGGUUGAUCGAUAUGCCAGCCGCCUGGAGUUAUGCACCUCCUUUUGAACCUGACGUUGGACGAUGGGUCAACAAAACAGAUCGAUGUCGAUGCUCGUGGCGAAAUCCUUGAUUUGAAGAAUACAUCCGAAGUCACCCGUGUCGCACUUGAAGUCGGUACGCAAGGUAUAUUGGGUGGUCAGGCUCGCGUAGAAGGUGUGCAGGUACGAUCGAUCUCGGAGGUCACAAAAGCUGUCGCCUUGGGCGAUCUAAGCAAAGUCGUCAACGUCGAUGUGCAGGGAGAAAUGCUAGGUUUGAAGAUGACCGUCAAUUCUAUGGUUGCCUAA